GGGCCGCUGCCGCCAUCCCGCUGGCGAGAGGCUGAGAGAGGCCGCCCGCUCGCCGGCCGGGCUCGUGUGGCCAGUGCGUGAGGGCGCGGGGCCGUGUCAGCGAGACGCAAAGCGCAGCCGCCGCCACCGAACGGACAUGUUGGGGCCCAGGGCCGCCGCCGCCGCCUCUUGUUCCUCAGCCUCCGAACAGCACUGAGAGGGGCCCUUCGCCGCCCGGCCUGCCGCCCCGCUUCCUGCCCGGCCCCCGGCCCCGCCGCCGCCGCCGCCGCCCGCUCCGCCCCCGCCUCCGCCCGGCCGGGCCGCGGCCCCGCUCCGCCCUGCGCGAGUCUAUGUGACCGGCGGGCCCGGAGCCGCCGCCGCCGCCGCCGCAGCGCGAAUAUGGACGCCGUCAACGCCUUCAACCAGGAGCUCUUUUCACUUAUGGAUAUGAAACCUCCCAUCUCUCGAGCCAAGAUGAUUCUCAUCACAAAAGCUGCUAUUAAAGCCAUUAAGCUUUAUAAGCAUGUAGUUCAAAUAGUAGAAAAGUUCAUCAAAAAGUGUAAACCAGAAUACAAGGUUCCGGGAUUGUAUGUGAUCGACUCAAUUGUACGGCAGUCUCGUCACCAGUUUGGAACUGAUAAAGAUGUUUUUGGGCCAAGAUUCUCUAAAAACAUAACCUCCACAUUCCAAUAUUUAUAUCUUUGUCCAUCUGAAGAUAAGAGUAAAAUAGUUCGUGUGCUGAACCUUUGGCAAAAAAAUGGAGUAUUUAAAAUUGAAAUUAUCCAGCCUCUUUUGGACAUGGCAGCAGGGAGCAGCAAUGCCGCCCCAGGGCCCGACAGUGUCACUAACAAUGAAGGGUCACCUCCACCUCCAGUUAAAGUCUCUUCUGAACCUCCUCUGGCCACUACAAACUCGGUACCAGCUGUCCCGCAGCUGCCCAGCUCCGACGCCUUUGCUGCUGUGGCCCAGCUGUUCCAGAGCACUCAGGGUCAACAGCUUCAGCAGAUCCUUCAGACUUUCCAGCAGCCUCCAAAACCACAGUCUCCCGCCCUUGACAAUGCUGUGAUGGCUCAAGUUCAGGCUCUCACGGCCCAGUUGAAGACAGCUCCCACGCCACCCGAGCAGAAGGCUACUGCGUUUGACAAGAAACUACUUGAUCGAUUCGAUUAUGAUGAUGAGCCAGAGGCUGUGGAAGAAUCAAAGAAAGAAGACGCUGCUGCCACUGCUGCCAGCACAGCCUCUGCUGCCCCCGCCCCCGCCACCGCCGCAGCCCCGCCUGCCGCCGCCAUCCCCGCGGCCUCGCCGCCACAGGCGCCCUUCGGGUUUCCCGGUGAUGGCAUGCAGCAGCCGGCGUACACCCAGCAUCCGAACAUGGACCCAUUUCAGCCUCCGAUGGUGGCGCUGCAGCAGGACCCGGUGCACCGUCAGGUUCCACUUCCUCCUAAUGGACAGAUGCCAGGAUUCGGUCUUCUUCCCACACCUGCGUUUCCGCCUAUGGCUCAGCCUGGGGUCCCUCCCGCUGUCCCCGGGCAGCAGCCGUUCCAGACCCCGUUCCAGGCCCCCAGUGAGCCACUGGCGCAGAAGGCACAUCAGGAAAUGAAAAUAGAGCAGCCUUGUACUCAAGAGGUUAAUAAGCGGCACAUGUCGGACAACAGAAAGUCAAGAUCUAGGUCAGCAUCCAGGUCACCAAAAAGGAGGCGGUCUCGGUCUGGUUCUCGAUCUCGGAGGUCUCGUCAUCGACGUUCCAGAUCCCGGUCCAGAGACAGGCGCCGGCACUCUCCGCGGUCUCGGUCCCAAGAAAGACGGGACCGGGAAAAGGAAAGAGAACGCCGACAGAAAGGCCUUCCCCCGAUCAAAUCAGAAACUGCAAGUGUUUGUAGCACCACACUCUGGGUGGGACAGCUGGACAAAAGGACCACUCAACAGGACGUUGCCAGUCUCUUAGAAGAGUUUGGUCCAAUUGAAUCAAUUAACAUGAUUCCUCCCAGAGGUUGUGCCUAUAUUGUUAUGGUUCAUAGGCAAGAUGCUUACCGCGCCCUGCAGAAACUGAGCCGUGGGAACUACAAAGUGAACCAGAAAUCCAUAAAGAUCGCCUGGGCCUUAAACAAAGGAAUAAAGGCAGAUUAUAAGCAGUAUUGGGAUGUAGAGCUUGGCGUCACUUACGUUCCGUGGGACAGAGUCAAGCCUGAAGAACUGGAGAGCUUUUGUGAAGGAGGCAUGUUGGACAGCGACACACUUAACCCAGAGUGGAAGGGAAUUCCCAAGAAGCAUGAAAAUGAAGUCGCUCAGAACGGAGGAGCAGAAAGCGCGCACACAGAACCAGUGUCGCCCACGCCCAACCCUUUGCCUGUGCCCGUCCCUCCUAUGCCUGUGCCCGCACCCAUAACAGUGCCUCCUCCGCAGGUCCCGCCACAGCAGCCCGGCCCCCCUGUGGUGGGCGCCCUGCAGCCGCCCGCCUUCACGCCGCCCCUGGGGAUCCCCCCUCCGGGCUUCGGCCCCGGCGUCCCGCCGCCGCCGCCGCCGCCUCCGUUCCUGCGCCCGGGGUUCAACCCGAUGCACUUGCCGCCAGGUUUUCUUCCUCCCGGACCCCCACCUCCUAUAACUCCGCCGGUGUCCAUCCCUCCUCCUCACACUCCGCCAAUGAGCAUCCCAAACUCUGCGAUCGCUGGUAUAAAUGAAGACACUACAAAAGACUUAUCUAUUGGAAAUCCCAUUCCAACAGUGGUGUCUGGGGCAAGAGGAAAUGCCGAGUCUGGGGACAGUGUGAAAAUGUACGGCUCUGCUGUGCCGCCCGCCGCACCCACGAGCCUGCCCGCCCCUCCUGUAACCCAGCCUGUUUCGCUUCUGGGGACUCAAGGAGUGGCCCCUGGCCCUGUCAUCGGGUUGCAGGCACCAUCUACUGGGCUCCUCGGGGCCCGGCCCGGCAUGAUCCCGCUGCAGCGCCCUCCGGGCAUGCCCCCGCCUCACCUGCAGCGCUUCCCUCUGAUGCCGCCCCGGCCCGUGCCGCCGCACAUGAUGCACCGGGGCCCGCCGCCCGGCCCGGGGGGCUUCGGGAUGCCCCCGCCCCACGGAAUGAAGGGCGCCUUCCCGCCGCAUGGCCCCUUUGUUAGGCCUGGUGGAAUGCCAGGGCUGGGGGGCCCAGGACCAGGCCCGGGGGGCCCUGAAGACAGGGACGGGAGGCAGCAGCAGCAGCCACAGCCGCAGCAGCCGCCGCCGCAGCCGCAGCCGCAGCAGCCGCCUCCGACGCAGCAGCCGCCGCCGACGCAGCAGGCGCAGCCACAGCCGUUUAGAAAUGAAAACAGGCAGCAGUUCAAUUCAGGUAGAGACCAAGAAAGGUUCGGACGAAGAUCUUUCGGAAAUAGGGUGGAGAAUGACCGGGACCGGUAUGGGAACCGGAAUGACGAGAGAGAGAAUAGUAGCCGCGAAAGGCGAGAGUGGGGAAGGAGGAGCCCUGACCGGGACAGACACAGAGACUUGGAAGACAGAAGCAGACGGUCCGGCGGGCACCGAGACAGAGAGAGAGAUUCUAGGGAUAGAGAGUCUCGCAGAGAGAAGGAAGACAACCGAGGCAAGGAAAAGCCUGAGGUGACAGACAGGGCCGCCGACCCUCCCCUUAGCCAAGUGGGCACCGCAGACACAGUCUCAGAACUCGCCAAGGGGGAGGCCGCGGCCAUAGCCGCGGCCGCAAAACCUGCUGCAGAGCUGCCCGCCGAGGCUACCUCAUCCGCCGGCCCCGAGAAGGAGUCGGGCUCGGCAGUGGAGGCUCGCUAGUAGAGACUGGGACUGUCGGGGGCAGGACACGGGGCGCGUGGGGAGCCUGAGGUGUACAGACGCUGUAUCAUAUUUGCCCCUGCUCUUUCUGCCCUGCGGUAGUUGUGGGGCCUCGUAAGCAAUUUGAUUGCUUCCCUUCUAUUUAAAAAUAGCCACAAAAUAACAAAAAAUACUGAAGAUAUGAAUAAAUAUUACCCUUUUUGCUGUAACUUUUUAAAAGUUUUGACUUUAAAAAGUUUACAAAUCGUAAUUAGAAGUGCUCUCUAUUUUUUUUUUUUUUAAUUUAAGACAUGGUAACAGUGAAAGCUCCUCAAACAAUAGGGAUGUUUUUAAUAAACUCUAUUUUCGUAACAAACUUCAACGUGUGCUAUUCUUCAUGCCCUUCCUUAAGGUGGAAAAGGGUUGCCCGCCAUCCAAGCCCGAGCUGUUAAUGCUGUAUCGGAGUCUCAGUGACUCACUGGAUGGAAAGAGACAUGCUCGUGUAGUUUGCAGACACUUCGAUUUGUAAUACUUUUGAUUUUUAGUGUUUUAAUCAUAAGGUAAAAGUUAGUGGUUUUAAUAUUUUGCAGUUUAAUCAAAGUGAUUUUUUGUUUUUGGGGGGUUUUUUUGCCAUUGGCUUUGUGGUAAAUGUUGCCCUAAUUAAUUUGUGAAGAGAAACUUUGCUGGGAGGAAAAAUGGAUCCAUCAUUACCUAUUGUACUGUGAACUGUUUGAUUGCCAGAGUGUUACUUAUUUAGAAGGCUGGGCGUUUUUACCAUCCCAUUAUGUUUUUCAGAAGGGUGGGAGAAGCCCAGGUUAGCAUUUGCUCCCUGAGAGCUUCCUGUCUUAUUUCUGUCUUUCUUUCCGCGUGUAAGGAUGUGAGUGCAGACUGUUUCCUGUAAGCCUUGCCUGUCGCGCUUCUUGACUGGUUUUGUGAACUCCCCUGCUGGGCAGCGGGAGCCGGGACUUCUCACCACCUACAAAGUACUUUCUCUCUCUGCUUAAAAUUGUGGAGCUAAGUAGGGAAAAUAGUUGCAGGAUACCCAGGAACUGAGAGACGAAGACUUCCGAAGCCAGAGCAGACCCACCGCCGAAGCUCCCACGGCAGUCGCUCACGGUGCACGCCCCGGCCUGAGGAGACCUGCUGCCGCACUGCCUGGUGGUCCUGUUGGAGCUCUG